UCCUGGAGAUGUCUGCUACGGUCGCUUAACCUGUCUGGCCGUAGACCGUCAAAAUAGAAAAAAAAGUCUUCUUAAUUUAAACUUGGAUGAGAAUUAAAAGGGUGACAUACCUGGAAACGCUGCCUGCAGCCUUCGCAAUUAGCUUAAUUAGCUUUGGACGUUUUACAGCCACCUGUAGAGAAAUCUACUCUCUUAAAGAUGGUUUCCAGAAGACUGCUGAUUCUGUAUGGAAGUCAAACAGGAACAGCACAAGAUGUGUCUGAAAGAAUAUGGCGAGAAGCCAAACGAUACCACCUAACAGGUCCUGUACAAGCCAUGGAUGACUACUCUAUUUCUCAAUUAAUUCAAGAACAGUACGUCGUCUUUGUGUGUUCAACCACAGGCCAGGGUGAAGAGCCUGAUAAUAUGAAAAUAUUCUGGAAAUUUCUUUUAAGGAAAGGUCUACCAUCAAACUCUCUAAGAUCCAUAAAGUUUGCCGUUUUGGGUCUGGGUGAUUCUUCCUACGCCAAGUUCAACUAUGCUGCUAAAAAAUUGUACAGGCGUCUUUUGAACUUAGGUGCCAUUCCUAUGGCCUCUCUGGGUUUAGCUGAUGACCAGCAUGAUCUGGGUGCUGAUGCUGUAGUUGAUCCUUGGAUUGCACAGCUUUGGGAGACUUUACUUGUAGAACUACCCAUACCUCAGGGGCUUCCAAUUUCUUCUGACAUAAAAAUUUCUCCAAGAUGGAACAUCACAAUAGAGAAUACAGGUUUCUUACCAGCACUCCCUCCGAUUUCACAAAAAAAUCGUUCUUUUCCAGUUGUUGUAAAAGAGAAUAUUCGCACUACUAAACCUGACCAUUUCCAAGAUGUACGACUGAUUUCAUUGAGUAAUCUUCCUGAAGGGAUUACAUAUACUCCUGGGGAUGUUUUAUUGGUUCGACCCCAGAAUCUACCAGAAAAUGUGGAAACACUGAUGGCUCUACUGACAGGAGAAGAUGCUCAAAGUGCAGGUUCAAAGUUGACACCUGAGACAGUUUUUAAAAUCACCCAAAUUGAUGAGGAUAUGCCUGUUCCAGAACCCCUCCAAUCCCCUCAAAGCCUAAUUAAUCUUGCCACGUACUAUUGGGACUUGAAUGCUAUACCUCGUCGUUUCAUGUUGCAAAUAUUGGCUGAGGUAACUCCUAAUGACCUUGAAAAAGAAAAGCUUUUAGAGAUGGCCAGUAGUGAAGGCCAAGAAAUGAUGUAUGACUAUCUAAAUCGUCCACGCCGAACCAUACUUGAGUUGUUGGCUGAUUUUCCACAUGCUGUAUCAAACAUUCCUUACCAACUCUUAUUUGAACUAUUUUCACCUAUUAGGCCACGUUCCUUUUCAAUUGCCUCAUCUCCCACAGCACACAAGCAAGAGUUGCAUAUUCUUGUUGCUGUUGUUAAGUACAAAACUAAACUAAUGAAACCAAGAUUAGGUUUGUGUUCCAAUUGGCUUGCUUCACUGAAGCCAAAUAACUUAAUAUAUGUUUGGCUCCAGAAGGGCUCUCUCCGUUUCCCCAUCAAUGAGGAUAUUCCAAUUGUGAUGGUAGGACCAGGAACUGGAGUUGCUCCAUUCCGAAGCUACAUACAGACACGCCAUGUGGAGGGUACUGCUAAUGCAAACAGUCUACAUCUUUACUUCGGAUGUAGAAAUAGAGAAGGAGAUUUUCAUUUUUCCGAUGAGUGGUUAUCUCUGCAGGAAAAUGGGGAACUCAGUUUCAGUUGUGCCUUUUCCCGAGAUCAGGAAGAAAAAAUGUACGUGCAGCAUAUCAUUUUGAGGCAUCAAGAUAUUAUCUGGAAAAUCUUGAAAUCCGGGGGAUAUGUUUUUGUGGCUGGAAAUUCAAACAAUAUGCCAACCAGUGUACGAGAGGCCAUAAGGGAUUCCUUAGUAUCAGUUGGAGGAUUUAACAUAGAUGCAGCAACUGAUUUUCUUGAUAAAAUGGAGAGAGAAGGUAAAUAUCAAACAGAGACAUGGAGUUAAUUUUUUUAAUAUUUUGUAUGAACUAAAUUCAAAGUAAAUUUUAUUCUUAAAAAAAGAA